AUGGCGUUUGCGUCCUUUGAACUCUCCUUAGCUUUUACGGGGUUUUUGUCCAGGGUAGCCCUCGGGAUACCCUCGGCUAAGGAUCACAAGGGUCCCAAGGGUCUCAGCCUGCCCCUGCCCCUCAAGCACAGGUUGCCAAUGACCCCUGGUCUACUCCAUGUGGAAGCGGCGGCAGUGGUGGCAGCGGAGGAAGCGGAGGAAGUGCCCCUCCAGCCACUGAUCCAUGGGCUACGCUCGGCGGCAGCGGAGGGGCAGGAAGCACCCCCAAUACUGGAACCGGAAACCCUUCGACUGGAGGAGGACCUUCGAACAACUAGCCCAUCCAACAAAAUGUCCAAAUUGCAACCACUUCGAGCUGCAACUCCGAUAGCGGAAAGGUCUAUGAGGUCGCAGAUGGUAGCUAGUUCAAGCUCCAGUGUGUUACUCACAACUAGUUCACCACCAACAAGAACAGAAUCACCGCGUCAAGUUACCAGGAUUGUGUUGAUCAGUGCAGCUCCACCGAUGGUUGUGAGGCUGUCACCUACGAGCACGCGAACGGCGCCUGUGACAUUAUCCGCCAUUGAGAAGAGGAACCUUUGCUCCGUUGAAUGUCCCAUAACCGACGGUAUGAUCUAUACCACUGAUCAUGGCGAGGUCUACAAGAUGUCUUGCGGCAAGAGACAUGUUACUACCCCUAUCGGCGGAGAGAUUGUGAGCAGCCUGGAGCAGUGCAUGGAUACCUGCUCUUCCGUUCUCCAGUGCCACAGUGUCGACUACCACUCUCGAACCAAGAAGUGUUACCAGUCCAACCACCAAAGCGACCCAACCAUCCAAGCUUCCGGAUUCGCGAGUGAACACUCCCUUGGCUGUGCCAAUACCUUCAAUGGUGGCUGCGGCUGCUCUUCCAGAGCUUGCAACAGAAGAUUACCACUUCCGCAGCAUAUACAGGUUGCUAGACGUCAAAUCCAUGCUCAUGAUGUAUUUAAGCCAACAUUUCUCCAGUUGUAG